AUGCCAGCAGACCAGUACGACGUGCCUCCGGGCCACGUGGCGAGCCCGGACAUCAAGGUCUCCAACCUCAGUUAUCUAUUUCCGGACGGCUCGACGGGUUUAUCGAAGAUCAACCUGGACCUCCCUACCGGAAGCCGCACGUUGCUGAUCGGAGCCAACGGCGCGGGUAAAACGACGUUGCUCAGGCUGCUGUCGGGCAAGAGGUUGGCACCCGCGGACACCAUCUCGAUCGGAGGGGUCGAUCCGUUCGCCGCCGGUUUGGAGGGAGUCACGUAUCUGGGUUUGGAGUGGGUGCUGAACCCGAUCGUGAGGACCGACAUCGCUGUGCCGGUCCUGCUCGACUCCGUGGGGGGCUCGUACUACCCGGAGCGGCGGGACGAACUGGUCCGGAUCCUCGACAUCGACCUCCGGUGGAGGAUGCACGCCGUCAGCGACGGGGAGAGGCGGCGGGUCCAGCUCGCCAUGGGCCUGAUACGCCCCUGGGACGUGCUCCUGCUGGACGAGAUCACCGUCGACCUGGACCUCUUGAGCCGGAGCAACUUCUUGAACUGGUUGCGGGGAGAAACAGAACGACGAGGGGCCACCAUCGUCUACGCCACCCACAUCCUCGACAACCUGGUCGGCUGGCCCACGCACCUCGUGCACAUGCACCUGGGGAAAGUCAAGGAGUGGGGCGCCAUGGCGAAAUUCGACGCGGAGACGGACUUUUACAACAACACCGGCAACAGCAAACUGGGCGAGCUGGUCCUGAAGUGGCUCAAGGACGACCUGAGGGAGAGAGGCCCUCGCGAUCAGAUGGGCCAGGCAAAGACCUAUGACACGCACGAGGGAGAAGGCGGUUACGGACAAGAGAAAGCGUGAGGAUUAGAUGCUAGAACUGUUUUUCCGGGGGGUUUCUUUUGAUGCAUUGUGUGAUGAUACCCGUCGGAUCUUCAACAAGAUCGAUCCAUCAUGAGCAAAUUUUGGCAUUGACGGUGCUGAGGUAGAAGCUAGAAUUUGGUCUUAACACCAUACACGUCGACGGUAGAGGUUGGCUUUUCAGCGUUGGGAAUGGCGGUACGGAAAUGAAUAUAUAUAUCAUGACUCGGCCCAACUUCUCCAAUCAACCUUCCAGAUGCGCACAGAGCUGUCAGAGGAAGCA